AAUUUUGAGACAUUAAAAAAAAAAUAAUAUUUUUGACAUAUACACACUAUGUAGUGUGUGAUUUCUAAUAUUUUAUAAUUGGAGGGACUUCUAACAAUUUUAAAUAAAAACCUCCCGAAUUAUGACACUAUCUUAUUAUACUCCAACUACAAAUAAUUUUCUACUGCUAUCAUCAUUAUCUAUAAUUAUUUAAUUAAUUCGACAAAAUGUCAUCAGCGCAUUUAUCUGGAGGACGACUGAAUAUCGGUCUGCUCCAGGAACAAGCGAGAAAACAAUUGUUAUGUCUUAUCGAAAAAUGCGAUGGCCCAAAAGCUAUCGUUUGGGACCAAUCACUCGCUGGCCCGGUUGGUCUUAUCGCUAAAUAUAAUUUAUUAGAAGAAUAUGGUGUCGUUAAAAUGUACGAGUUAGUUGGUGGCCAACUUCCUCUUACUAAUGUUACAAACAUAAUAUUUAUAGUUCGGCCACACUUGGACUUAAUUGAUUUAAUUGCCGAGAAUGUUCAUGGAGAGCAAAAUCGAUCUGCCAAAGAGUUCCAUUUAUUUUUUGUUCCUCGGAAAAGUUUAUUGUGUAAAAAAAAAUUAGAAAAUCGAGGAGUUCUUGGUAAUUUUACUUUAAUUGAAGAAUUCGUCUGUGAUCUGUUUCCUUUUGAUAAUGACCUGAUAUCAAUGGAAUUGAAUGAAACAUUCAAAGAGUUUCAUUUAGAAAAUGACCCGACUUGCCUGUAUCAAGUAGCGCUUGCUAUUCAAAAUCUACAGAAAUUGUAUGGGAAAAUAUCUAAAAUUUCUGGACGCGGACCAGCAGCAAGUAAAGUUUGGAAUUUAUUAAAAAGAUUAGAUCGAGAAGAAGAAGAAAAAGAUAUAAAAGCAUACAGAGGAAGUACUACACCAGUAAGAAUUGACCAUUUGCUUUUAAUUGAUCGAAGCAUCGAUCUGCUUUCUCCUCUUGUCACCCAACUGACCUAUGAAGGUUUGAUUGAUGAAAUAUAUAACAUUCACUGUACUACGAUCAAACUACCGGCUAAAAAAUUUCAUGAUUCAGAGAGCUCUCCUACUGUUAUGUCAAUCGACAAAAAAGAACAAAUUAUACUGAAUUCAGGUGAAGAAUUAUUUGCUGAAAUCAGAGAUAAAAAUUUCAAUGGCGUUGGGCCUGUUCUAAGUCAAAAAGCCAAAAUUAUCUCAUCCCAGUUUGAUGAAAGACACGGGGAUAAAAGUGUGCAAGAAAUAAAACAAUUUGUUGCUCGAUUGCCUUACAUGCUCGCAACAAAACAAUCUUUAGCACGACAUACGACCAUAGCUGAAAUGGUGAAAGAAGUAACAGAUUCCGAUAGUUUCCUCGAGCGUCUUCAAGUAGAACAAGAAUUAUUGAACUGUAUUGAUACUGAUAAGCCAAAUGCGUACAUCGAAGAUUGUAUAUCACAGAAAAAACCUUUGAUCACAGUCCUUCGACUUCUUUGCAUUCAAUCUUUAACAAAUUCUGGUUUAAAACCAAAACUUCUUGAUUAUUAUAAGCGGGAGAUUAUUCAAACGUAUGGUUAUCAACAUAUUCUGACGCUGUCGAAUCUUGAAAAAGCAAAUUUACUGAGAGCUCAGCAGUCUAACAGGCAGUAUGCAGUUUUACGAAAAGCUUUGAGGCUCACUGUUGAAGAUGAAAGCGAAAUCGCGCCAAAAGAUAUCAGCUAUGUACACUCAGUGUACGCGCCUUUAAGUAUAAGACUAGCAGAACGAUUGAUCCAACCGGGUGGGUGGCAAGGUUUGAAUGAUAUUCUAGGUUUAUUACCGGGCCCAUCAGUUAAUGAUUCUCAGGAGAAAAUAUCCAAUCUCAGAAGACAAUCGAUUACAAGUGAAGAUUCAAACUCAGAGCCAUCACGGCUUGUUUUAGUAUUUUUUAUCGGUGGUUGCACUUACGCUGAAAUAUCAGCAUUGAGAUUUUUGUCUCAGCAAGAAGAUCUAAACGUCGAGUUCAUCAUUGCAACCACGAAACUAAUUAAUGGAGAUUCAUUCAUUAUGUCUUUGACUGAGGAUCUGCAAACACCUCAAAAAUGAAGAAAUUAUUUAUCGCCUAUUCAAUUUAAAUAUCAAAGCAGAAGAACAUGUUUAAAUAUUCUUAUAAGUGAUUAAUUACUGAGGUUGAAGGUUCCGAGGAAUAUGUUGGAUCCAUGUGGUAAAUUAAUAACAAAUUAUUAUUUUACGCAACGUUUCGCAAAUUUAUUUUUGCUUUAUCGGGAUCGAAAUCAUGAACAAGAUUAACUGGAAUAUCACAACGCGGUAAAACAGAAAAUGAGUUUUUUUAUAUUCGCACGAACCGUGGGAACUACUGAAUAUAUUUAAAUGAAACUUAUCAUAAGAAUUAUUUUGUUUUGGAGAUGGUUUCAGUAUAUUUUUUACUAUUGAAAUCUCUUCAGCAAUGUAUUUAUUUUUUUUUUUAAUUUACAAAGUUAUUCAAAUUUUUACUCAGUUUUCGUGCUAUUGAAUAUUGCAAACAAUAUUUUUACCUCUGUACAUUUACAAACAUGACUAUAAAGUUAGCAGAAAGCUGACAAAUAAUAUAUUUGACUUAAAAAAUCUGAUGGUCUUUCAUCUUCUGAUGAACAUUUAUUUUCCAAACAUUAAAGAAAAUUAUUGAUUAAUUUAAAUAUCAAAAAGGGUAGAAUUGGUCAUAAUAAAAAUUAAAGUGAAAAAAAACAUGAAUUGGCGAAUAAUAAAAAGUCAGUUCAUUUUUUUUAAUUAUCAGUAUGAAAUUAUGAUCAUACAUACAAAUAUAGUCAAUUUAUUCGCUACUUUUUUAUCAAACGAUUAAAAGACAAAAAGUUAUUCCAUAAAUAA